GUUUACGAGCAUCCAACAUUUAAUUCGCGAAUCUCGUACGAAACGGAUGUGCAAAAAAGUCGCUGUCCAACGUCGUGUGUUAUUGCUGUGCCGAAAACGAACUUACUUCCUUCCGUUCAGUGGUGAAAAUUUGGGAAAUUUGUGAAACUGCUCAACAGGUAUCAUGUGAGCCAUUCGGAUACAAUAGUGAGAAGAACUGUGUGCAAGCAAAUAAAGUUUAGGUCACAAAACAGCAGUGAAGCAAAGCUGUUUUGAAUCAGAACCUUUGAUUGGCUGUGAAUAAUUUUAAGAGUACGUGAUCAGUUUUUUGUUCAUUUGAAAUAAUUUGCAUUGAUUGUGCAGUGCACUUCUAUCGGAUUACACAACGCCAAAAAUGACAAUGGAAAAGAGUCAAUUUUCUACUUGCGUCUGUCUGUGCAUUGUUGCACUGAUUAUUACAUCACAUGGCCAUCCAGCACAAUCCCCCCGAUCGGCUGUAAACGAUGCCAACGGCAGUAUAAUGUCACCAAUCAAAAAAGAUGUCUUCAUGUCACGAGGCUGGGGCGCCUCAGGAAUGCCAUUCACAAUGUUAUACCUAAAUCACUUCACGAAACAACAAAAGGCCUACGCACAACACCAGUUACAGCAGAUGCAAAAACUUCGUGAGCAAGAAGCUGCGGAGGCUGAUGCUAACCGUGAGCUCCGAACUAUUGAAGAUGAACUUGAGCAGCCUAGAAUGCUACCUUACGGAUCAAGAUAUCCUGAAUCGAUGACCAAUACACAACCGACCGAAAUCGGACAGAGUGGCGGCUUCAAAGAGAUGGAAGAGUACUCGGAUGGUGCUAUCUAUGUACCAUCCAAACCCAACUCACCACGGAGACAGUAUAAUGUACCUCAGCUGUUCGUGUCGUAUGGUUGGGGACCAAUGGGCUAAAUUGCUGCAUGGCAGUCGAUAAAAGUGUUAGCGUUUAAUUCUUAUUUAUUUUUCUCAGAUGUAACUCUAGAUAUUAUGUACCUUCUCGUGCCAUCCAAACUAACAACUCAGAUUUCUCAAUGUGAUGUCUUGACUCUUUGUGUGUGUAAAACGUAUCAUAUCGAUAUACCAGCCAAAAUAAAAUAAUUUGAAAACAGUA